AUGGCCACUCCCGCUCCCUCACCCACCCCGCCGGCGCCGCCGGCCUCGCAAGACCUCCCCGCUGGCGACCAGCGGCAGCAGCAGCAGCCCCACCACCACCACCCGCUCCUCGCCGCGGCCGCCGCGGCGUCCCUCCUCGCCGUGCUCUACCUCCCCCGGCCGGUGCUGCUGCUCGUGCUUUCCCCGGCCUCCCUCUCCUCUCUGCUCCUGCUCAUCUCCCUCCUCCGCCUCGGCUCCGCGUCGCCGCCGCCGCCGCCCGCUCUCGCCGUCCCUCCUCCUUCCCCGCCGCCGACCGAGGACAAGCAGCAGCAGGCUCCCGAGGUCGCGCUCCCGCCGCCUCCGCCUCCACCUCCUCCGUCGCCGCCGCCGGAGCCGGAGCCGGAGCGGGGGAGCGUGUUCCCGGAGGUCCCGGAGUUCGCGUCGUGGGCGGCCAAAGGGCGCGCGCUGGAGGUGAUCCACGAGGAGUUCGAGGCCGAGUGGGGGCUGCCGGAGGAGAUGGGCCUGCCGUGGGACUCCGACUCCGACUCCGACUCCGACUCCGACCUCGACUCCGACUCGGACAGCGGCACCGGCAGCGGCAGCGAUGAAGGCUACGGCGGCCGAGGCGGCGACGGGGAGGACGGCGGCAUGAUCGAGAUCGAGCUGGAGGAGGACAGCCUCAUCGAGAUCGACAUCUCCAGGUGCCGGUGA